AUGCUGGUAUUAUUCGAAACGGCCGCUGGCUUUGCGCUAUUCAAAUUAUUAGACGACGGUAAACUGACAAACCCUGAACAGUUAUGGCGUGAUUUUGAAACACCAGAAGCUGCUAAUCAAGCAUUUCAAAAGUUUGAAAAUAUGAAUGACGCGGUUUCCUCAGUUACAGCUAUACUAGAAGGAAAACUUUCAAAAGAUUUGAGAAAAUUUUUAAAAGACUCGAUUGAUGAUGCCUCAAUUCAAAGCGAACAAUUAGCUGUUGCUGAUCAAAAACUAGGCACUGCAAUCAACAAAAAAAUCGGAAUCAAAGUUGUUUCAGACUCUACCAUUCUCGAUCUAUACCGUGGUAUACGUCAGCAACUUGACGCUUUGAUAUCAGAUGUCAACUCGAAUGAUAUCUCGUCAAUGGCCUUAGGCUUGUCACACUCACUUUCACGAUAUAAACUCAAAUUCUCACCGGACAAAGUGGACACAAUGAUCAUUCAGGCGAUUGGACUAUUGGAUGAUCUGGAUAAAGAGUUAAACACAUAUUCGAUGAGGGUUAAAGAAUGGUACGGAUGGCAUUUCCCAGAGAUGAGUCGUAUCGUUGUAGAUAAUUUAGCUUAUGCCAAAGUAGUACAAAAAAUGGGAUUCCGCUCCAAUGCACAGAAAACUGAUUUCUCUGAUAUUCUUCCUGAAGAUAUAGAAAAAGAUUUAAAAGAAGCUGCAGAAAUAUCAAUGGGUACUGAAAUAGCUGAGGACGAUAUAUUAAAUAUCAGAUUUGCUUGUGAUCAAGUGGUCAGUCUUAGUGAAUAUCGAGCAGAGCUCUUCCAAUACUUACAAAAUCGCAUGUCGGCAAUUGCACCCAAUCUGACAACACUAGUUGGAGAUUUAGUGGGUGCACGACUAAUAGCUCAUGCUGGCAGUUUGAUGAGUCUGGCCAAAGCACCGGCAAGUACCGUUCAAAUCCUUGGGGCCGAGAAGGCGCUCUUUCGAGCAUUAAAAACAAAACAUGAUACCCCGAAAUAUGGACUAAUAUAUCACGCUAGUUUGGUUGGUCAGGCAGCACAGAAAAAUAAGGGCAAGGUUGCAAGGGUAUUAGCGACUAAAACUUCUCUUGCAGCACGUAUUGAUGCUUUAGGUGAAGAAAAAGAUACUGCGGCAGAGGCUGGUCGUAAUUAUCGUACAUUAGUAGAAACAAGACUACGAUAUUUAGAAGGACGUAAUUUAAGUGUAGGGUCGACAUCACACCAAAAGAUGAGGAAGUUUGAUUCAAAAGGUAAAAGCACUGCCACCUAUAAUACAUCAGCUGAUGUGUCCGUCUCAAUGGAUGCCGAACAAUCAUGA